AUGCCUGAUCUUAUCAGGAUAACCAUUGGUGAUAUACCGAUCUACACCGAAAAUUCUUGGAGGUGUCGAUUAGGGAAAGCUGCACCAUUAUAUGCUGGAGUCGUCAAUAUCUAUUCAAUGGCAGCAAUAGCAGUAGCGAGAUAUGUUGUCGUUGUUCAGCCUAAGAAAUCAUCAUGGAUUAAAGAUAAAAGAAGCUAUUUUAUAAUCACUUUGAUCAUUUGGGUCAUACCAUUUGUAAUAGUAUUGCCACCAGUUAUUGGGUUUUGGGGUAAAUACACCUACUUUCGUGAUAUUGGUGUAUGCUUUUCCAUUUAUUUUAUUACCCAAGAUUUGAAGUAUAAGUCCUAUUUCUUCUUCCUUUCCUCUUUUGGUAUAAUUAUACCGACAUUAAUUAUGAUAAUGUGUUAUACCUCGAUAUAUCUUGCCGUUAGAGAAAGUCGAAGACGCUUGGCUAGGCACUCCAACAACAGUUUUAAUCAAAUACAUCCUGAAGCUGCCAACGAAAAUGGAAAUUCUUCGAAAAAAUUAAAGCGACUACGAAAAUGUAAGCAUGGGAAAGGAUCAUCGCAAAUGUUACGAACUUCAGUUAGCAAUGAUAGUUCUAAAAGUAGCGCAGCAAGUUCAUCUCGAUCUCCAGAAGUUAGUAAACAAGAAUUAAAACUAACAGAAACCUUGGCUCUUAUCUUUAUAUCCUAUUUGGUUACCUACAUACCAUACACAAUCUCGAUGAUUAUUAAUUUUUUCCUAUACCAACCUGAAAUUAUACAAUUACAGUUUGGUUUUCUAUUCGUCAGCUACACUGGUAACGCUAUCAACCCAAUCAUCUUUUACAAGCGCGAUAAACGAUUCAGGCAACUAGUUCUAUCAUGCCUUGAAUUUUUUAUACAAAGAAAGCGUCGUCGACAUAAUACCGUCAUACAUCGAUUUAUCGUGGAAAGUAAUUUCUAA